CCAGUUCGACGCUGCCGCCUGAAGCACCGGCCCCCCAACCCAACCUUCACUGUAAACAACUGCCCCAAUUCCCCGUCUAUUAUUUUGUGUAUGUGCGUGUAAACAGGGCGCAUGCUGCUGAGGUGAGCUAUUUAGUGGCUGAUAUUUUGGGAGGGAGGGAAGAGCAAGGCAAUCUAUCGCUGCCGGAGCGCACGGCGAGCUUCCAUUUUUACGCACCGAGGCAUCCAGAGCCCCGCCGAAGCCGCGACCGACGACGUAUCGCUGUACAGGCAUUCCUCUAUCGGCGAGGCUGUAGCGAUUUGAAGAGGCACGACGCAAGCUGCUCUUUCAUCUCGUCAGCUUUGAGGAGGAGGCGGCGAGGGACCAGGGGUGUCCCCCCCGUUUGCGUGUAACUCCGUGCGUGUGCUUGCGUGUGUUUGUGUGCGUUCGGAUCAAGAGAGAGGAGAGAGAGAGAGAGAUACGAGGGUAAAACAGAACGGACGCGCGGCAUAGGAGACAGCUGCUUUUGGACACGUUUUGGACACAGAAGCUGAUCGACCGCAAAGGCUGCACACGGAAAAAUAAUAGAAACAAAACUUACUCUGCGUCACUUCUCCCGUCCAUUAUUAUUUUGGGUUAUUUUUUUGAUUUUUUUUUAAACCCGUAUUAUCAGUAUUAAUUCGGGGAGGGGUUUUUUUAGCAUCUCCCAGUCUGCUGGAGUUUGGCCGCCGAAGGACGCACCUCGGGACUUAGACGCAGACGUCUCCCUCACUUCUUUCUGCGGGACAUGGGCGCAUCUGACGCCAAACAGCGGUAGACGGAAGGCUCGGAGCUGGUGUCUUCGUUUCCUUCUAUCGCUUUCAGAGUGGACCGACUUUUGAAAGAGCGUGUUUUUUUCUGUAUCUGGGCCUAAAGCCGACGUGUUUAAAGGUCCUUUUUUGCUUCCGGCAACAGCGAAGAGACCAAGUCUUCCUCCCUCAGCUCUCACUCCCUCUCUCACUUUUUUGGAAGCUGAACUUUUAAAGGAAAAUGGGGCAUUGAGAGGGUUGGCAGAUCUCCCCACGCUAUAAUGGCUACUGACACCUACCUGGUGAACGACGAUCCCACUAGAGGCCCAGGGAUGCCUGAAUGUUUCCUCGUGUCUGAUACAUAUAGGGAUGAAUUCCACCCCUUCAUCGAGGCCCUUCUGCCCCAUGUCCGCGCCUUCGCCUACACCUGGUUCAACCUGCAGGCCCGCAAGCGUAAAUACUUCAAAAAGCACGAGAAGCGCAUGUCCAAGGAGGAAGAGCGUGCAGUGAAGGAUGAACUGCUGGGAGAGAAGCCAGAGAUCAAGCAGAAGUGGGCUUCACGCCUGUUGGCCAAGCUCCGCAAGGACAUCCGGCCUGAGUUCCGUGAGGACUUUGUGCUCACCAUCACGGGCAAAAAGCCCCCCUGCUGCGUGCUGUCCAACCCCGACCAGAAGGGCAAAAUACGUCGCAUCGACUGCCUGCGCCAGGCUGACAAGGUGUGGCGGCUGGACCUUGUGAUGGUCAUCCUGUUUAAGGGCAGCCCCCUGGAGAGCACGGACGGAGAACGACUGGUCAAGUCACCGCAGUGCACCAACCCUGGCCUGUGCGUCCAGCCACACCACAUCGGAGUGUCCGUCAAGGAGCUGGACCUCUACCUGGCCUACUUCGUCCACACGCCAGAAUCUGGACAAUCAGACAGCUCCAGCCAACAAGGGGACACAGACAUCAAGCCACCACCCAACGGGCACCUGAGUUUCCAGGACUGUUUUGUCACCUCAGGAGUGUGGAAUGUGGCAGAGUUGGUCAGAGUGUCUCAGACUCCCGUAGCCACAGCGUCGGGUCCUAACUUCUCACUGGCUGACCUGGACAGCAGCCCCAGUUACUACAACAUUAACCAGGUGGCUCUGGGGCGGCGCUCUCUCACCUCCCCUCCUUCUACCAGGUCUGAGGUGGAGUUGUACGCAAACCUUCCAAGGAGCUCCACUAAGCGGAAGUCCUUAGAUGAUAGCGAGCUGGAGAGCCCCACAGAUGAUGUUUUCUACCCUGGGCGUUCGCCUGCUGCCAGCUCCUCCCAGUCCAGUGCGUGGCCUAAUGACAUGGAUUCAGGACUGUCCUCGCCUGGUUCACUUAAGAAGCCGGGGAAGUUUGAUUUCAACGCCCUGACUUCCCAGACGAGGUCUCCCCGCAUGGCGUUCACACACCACCCGCUGCCUGUGCUGGCAGGAGUGAGACCAGGGAGUCCCCGUGCCUCAGCCUCAGCCCUGCACUUCCCUUCCUCCUCUAUCAUCCAGCAGUCCAGCCCGUACUUCACCCACCCCACCAUACGCUACCAUCACCACCAGGACCCGCUUAAGGAGUUUGUGCAGUUUGUCUGCACCGACGGCACAGGCCAGCCCAGCGCACAGCCUAAUGGAGGUGGCCAGAGCAAAAUGCCGGGCUCCUUCCUGCUGCCCCCGCCACCCCCGGUGGCUCGCCCUGUGCCCCUCCCCAUGCCCGACUCUAAAACCAUCAGCACGCCGACUGACGGCGGACUCAGCUCACCCGCAUCUCCGUCAUACUCCACGCCAGGCUCCACAGCUCCCAACCGGUUUGUCGGCAUCGGAACACGGGACAACUUUCUGAAUAUCCCCCAGCAGACCCAGUCCUGGUUCCUCUGACAAGGCCUCUCUGAAUCAACAGCUAAAAUUGUGUCAUGAAAAUUGGAAAUUUGACAAAACAAACACAUCGCCGCUGAAAAAGAACAAACUGCUGACACUAAAAGGUCUUUCUCUCUCGCCAACACUAUUCAAAGUACUACUAUAGAACCCCGAAAAACCCCACGCUGCCCCAAGAGGACUCCCAAUUCAGCACGAUUUGAACAGGAACAUUCGUCCCCUUUUGCGCAGGAGUCUUCAACAAGAUUGAGUGGACAGACUCAGAAUGCAAGGAGGAGGAAGAAGAAGAUGAGAAACUGUCUCACACACCGUGAAUUGUCAGAAAGGAAACACAAUAUGGCAAACUGACAAAUGACCAAUUAUACAUUUGUUGUUUCUUUUCUUUUCUUUUUUUUUAAAUGAUUUUUUUCCAUUUUGCUGUCUCCACAAUGAAACUCCAUGCAUUGGCUGGGAGAUCCAAAAAAAGAACAAGUAGUCAGAUGUGCAAGUUGUAAAGAUUGCCACCCAAAUAGCACGCCUCCAUAUCUGCGCAUCUCUCCUCCAGGUACAUGGUCCCACCUGACACCCACCACCCCACACAGCCGGUCCCACCUGGAGCUCGGUGCUUGUCAGGGGCAAAGCCGUAACUGCAGCCUCGUAGUUGAGUGUCCCCUCACCCCGCUGUUUCAUCUGCUCAGCCCUGAGCCUCUUUCACUUCAGAUUGGCCAAUCAUGCUGACACCAUCCAGUCCAAUAGUGUGACACAUAUGCACUAAGUGGCUGGUCUUUGUUUACCUGUCAAUGUACCAGGGUGUCCUGCUAUGGGAGAAAUGACGGCCAUGAGGCACGAAGGCAAGAAGGUGAACACACAGAUAGUCAUAACACUAACUCUACACGUGCUCUCUCGUCCCCUUACCUAUGCACUAUUAAUUUUUUUUAAGGGAUGAACAGCAUUGCACACUGAUGGUCAGAUGAGCGAUUAGAGAAGUGAAUCGAGGCUGCAGGUAUGGGGGCUGUGCUAACAUUAGAGUCUAGGCCCUGAAAGAUACAGCACUCACAUGCACACACACAUGCAAGCUUGCAGGCAGCACAUGCAGACCAACCUUUCCAGUAAAGUCGGUCACAAAACCACUCACAAAAUCAUCUUGUUUUAAUCCAUAGAUAUUGAUUUUAUAAUAAGGCACACACAGCAUCGGCUUCAUAUUAUUUGCUUUAAUUUUGUUUGUAGUUGUUUACUUGCGAUUUUUUUUCUUUUUCCAGAUUUGGUUUUGGUUUUGUCUCAGCUGGAUUGUUUUAACCUUCUCUUGCAUGUCAUAACAUUUUUCUUUAGUUUGCAGUAACACAUAGUAUCACGCUCGAAUUUCAGCAAAAUGGAAACAGCAGUUUCUCAAAUUUCUCAUGUAUGGACAGCACAGUAACGACAGCUCAUCACACGCAACCCCUGGCAUUGCUUCACCCCGUGUCCCGUAGUCUAUUCACAAGAAAACCCAGAGGAUUACACACACACAGAUGCACAUAUAAAAUAACACCACCAACAACCUGGUUUAAAUUUAUAAAGGGAAGCCUUUAUACUGGUUCUCCAAACUGCCUUUUAAUGGUUUUUCAUUCAUUUUAAAAUUUGUAUUUUUAAUUUGACAUAUUUUUCUAUGUAAAUGUUCACACUGAAAUCGCUGUUGGUAUUAUUUUUUGUCAUGACACAAUCCAACAAAAGCCGACCUCACAAAAUAACUGGACUGCCUAGCUGUUGGUUCUGUUUUUGCAGGGAUAGUAAACAAGGCUGAGGGCUCGUUCUCAGCCUCUCUAGUAACAUUAGCUCUAUGUACUAAAACCAUAUAUCGAGACUAUAACAAUAUAUGGAAGUGCCUCUGUAUUCCCUUCAUGCAAUUAGUAAUAAACUUGACUUCAGGUUCUCUUCCCACAUAUAAGCUAAAGCUACAUGGGCAUGGUAGCGUUGGUGCAUGUGGAAACCAUUGGCCUAGGACAGAUCUUUAUAGAGGACUGCAAACUCUUUUUUUUUCUUUUUUUUUUUGUAAAAACAGAGAGAGAGAUCUUAUACAUAUAUAUUUAUGAUAUAUGCUCCUUUGUAACUUUUACUACGAGCUUGUUGGCAGUCUAGUUAUUUUCUGAACACUCACCCCCCCCUCACUACCCCCCUCCCCCACCCCGCCCCACAACCUGUUUCAGUAACAUCACCAUAUUGUUACCAAUACGAAUUAAACGACACACGCCAUUGCCAUCUGCUGCGCAGCAUUAUAAUACCUAGAUGAACAUGUCAAAAAUCGACAGUAGGUUUGAAGAAAAAAAAAGUGUUUGUUUUUUGAUGGAAAGUAUUAUUAUUGAAAAAUAUGUGUCGAUUGAGCCACGUGCAAUGCAUUGGGUAGAUCAUUGUGUUUGUCUGUUAGAGAUUUUUAAGAAAGCUAAGAGAAAAGAGAAAAAAAAAUGUAUUUGUUUCAAGUCCAUAUGCUCCGGGACUCUAAACUAGAGGGCCACGAGAAAUCCUAGUCUUUGUAAGUUGGGGGUAUUUGUUUUUAUUUCCUUUGUCUCUUUUUUAAUGUUAUAUGUGUAAUCAUUUGUUUAUAAAAAUGUGGGAGGGCUGAAGGAAAAAAAAAUGUACACAACUUCAGAAAAAAAAAAUCUCUAUCAUCAGAUGAAAAACUGGUGCUUUAACACUAUAAAGUACAUUCAGAACUAUUAUAAAUGAGUGAACAAAAAUAACAGACCAUUUAGGAAACUGCAUUAUUCCUCUCUCUAUUUGUAUUCUUCUAUUUGUAUUAAGUGGGGGGAGAGGUUCCUAUUCCUUAAGGUUGUGACACAAAAGGCAUUUUGGUUCAACCCUUAGAAGAAAUAAAGCAAACCUAUACUGUCGAGCCCAAGAAACUCUUUAAAUAACCUACCCGUGCACUGCCUGAAACUCACCAGCAAAAAAAAACCAAACAAAAAACCCUCCCAGUCAAUUCAUUUUAUCACAUACAAUGGCAUUGACACAUGACAAGUCUCUCCCAGUACUGCGGGAGAUACUUCACAUCCCAAAAUCAGUUUUUUCCCAUUAUCAUCCAAGUAUGUUUCUAAAUCUGGAGUUGGAUGGAGCUCAGCAGGCUGUGUUGAGACACCUGACGUUGAAGUGGACCGAGACCUUCUGUACAGUUAGCAGAAAAGGGGUAAAAGAAGCUUUUAAUCUGGCAUAAAUAUGAGGUCUGAGCCAUUUGUGAAACAGGCAGCAAGGUGAGCCUCUCCCCUGUUCCACCCCCUCCUCUGUAAAUGACUCUUAUAGUGCUUGUGCUGUAGUGUAUAGUUUCCCAGCAGUUAAAGGUUGUCCCUUGAAAGUGCCUUUUGUUCACAGACUCCAUUUUGUAAUCAAGAUGGCCCUUUUUUUCUUUUCAUUUGUUUUUUUCCUUGAAACAGCUUGAGGUAGCAGGUUGCCCCUGAGUGCUGUAAGGAGGCAAAAGGUCAUCACCCAUUCAGCGAUCAGGGGCACCUCUUUCCUCCGGCUUCGAAAAUGAAUUCCCUCCAUUGUUCCUUCCCUUCUAUCCUCUCUUCCUUUUCAAAGCUAUAUAUAUAUAUAUACAUAUAUAUAGUACAAAAGGAAACUGGUGUGAAUUAGUUCUUUACUUUUUAUUGAUAAAUGAGAAAAAAAUUGAAAAGGCAAAAAAACUUGUUCUCGUUCAGCUCUUGCUUUUUUCUUCCCCUCUGUCUCCACUGUCUGUUUUCUCUUAGACACUGGAGUAGUCUGUAACUGUGUGUCUGUCACUCUCGUCUCUCUCUCUCUUUCUCUCUCUCUCUCUCUCUCUCUCUCUCCUGCCCUCUCUGCUGUUGGGAGGAUGAAAAAAAAAUAUUGCCGAAAAACUUUUGUCUGAGCAGAAUGCAGUUAGCUCACAUGUUAUUCUUGUCUGUAUGCUUCACAUUGUAUUACCAUACCCAUCUUCUUCAGCUUCUCCAUUCAGCAGCUAAUGUAAGUGAACAAAUUACGCUGACGGGCUUUUGGGGGUGUCCUUGGGUGGGUGAGGAAGGGAUGACAGUGGUUCAGGGGUUUGGGUUCAAGAGGUUUAAGGGGAAGAUUAAUGGGGUUGAGAGGGAUAGAUGAACUGCUUUGGGAAGUUGGAAAGGGGCUGCAUGGGCUAGGAUAAGAGUUUGCUCUUUUUGUUUAAGGUAUUUAUUUUUUGGCUUUGUUUUAUUCCCUCUUUUUUGUUUCCUUUUUUAAUUUGGAGUUCUUUUCAUAUUUGCUAUCAGGGUAUGCUGUCGUUUAGGCUCUCUUUGAGUAUGCCUUGGACUGUAAAAUGAAAGCUACAAGCACCUUAUAACCGGACUUGUCGUGCAUGAGGCUGAAAGAGGGGCGAUGCUUUACCAGCAUAAAUCCCACAUCCAUUUUAACCAAUCUUAUAAAGUGAAUCUCUCUUCUUUCUUUUUUUUAUUGCUAUUUUUACGGUGGGUUUCACACAUGGAAACCCUCAGCAGUAUUAGCCAUUUACCACACAUCAACCAGAUAGAAAAAGGCCAGCAUGAACCUGAUCUCUCAGAUUUUUGAGGAUCCAGGGAGUCCCUCCAUUUUUCUCCUCCGACCACCUCAUGCAGGAUUAAUCCGUGUCUUUGUUCUGUUGUUUAUUUUAGUUCUUUUUCUUCUUAAGUGUGUAUGGUUUAAUGGUGAAUUAGGCAGCACCCUAGGCCCCCUCACUUCCAAGUCUUCUAUGCCUCUGUCUAUGCCCUCAGUGCAGCACCACUUCUUUGUGAGAACACCCCCAGAGCUCUAGGUGAAAUGCAUGUGUUAAUUACAGUUUCUUUUCCAUAAGAAGAAAAACACAGUUUGAGAAGAGCAGCACCUGAUUGAAUAAAAAGGAUGUUCUUGACUGUA